GAAGCUCACACCACCUGUCACUGUGUUGUAAAUUGGAUUUGACAUUGUUCUUUAUACCCUCAGCAAGAUUCUGAUGAGGUUAUAUUAGAGGCAAUGAAGAUUAGGGUUCAUGGGUGUUACAAAUUGAGGUGUCAUAAAUGACAAUCAAUCUGAUACAAUAACAGUGAAUGUAAAUAUCACCAAACCUUUUAGAAGCCUAAUUCAGAGAGAGAAUAGAAGAUGGCAGCGGUUGUGGAGAUUGGGAACAGCGUCAAGGUCAAACACAGCUUGGAUUUGCUUCAUCAUAUCAACAAGAUGAAAGACUCCGAUGAGUUGACCGAUGUGGUGCUUGUGACCCAAGGGUCCAAGUUCCCGUGUCAUCGGCUUCUGCUGGCUGCGUUCAGCCCAUACUUCAAGGCAAUGUUCACCUGUGGCCUGGCAGAAUGCAGUCAGAGGGAAGUCGCGCUCCAUGAUGUGCAACCAGAGAGCGUGGCGACCAUCCUAAACUACAUGUAUAGUUCUGAUCUGUGCCUCACCAACUCGAAUGUCCAAGGAGUGGCCACCAUGGCUUACUUCCUCCAGAUGGAAACCAUUUUCGUGGCUUGCCAGAAGUACAUGUUGGACCAUAUGGAUGCCUCAAACUGCCUAGGGGUUUAUUACUUUGCAAAGCAGCUUGGAGCAGAGGAGCUGUCUGAGCAAGCAAAUAAGUACCUUCAUCGGCACUUUGCAGAGGUCUGUCUGCAGGAGGAAGUUCUAGAUCUAGAGGAGCAUCAGUUGCUGCCCUUAAUCUGCUCUGACGAUCUCAAUAUUUCGCGUGAGGAGACCAUCUUGGAUUUGGUUCUUCGAUGGGUUAACCACGACCGGAAGUCACGGGUGGUACACCUCGUGGAACUCUUGAAGCAAGUAAGGUUGGUGCUCGUAAGUCCUACCUUCCUGAGAGAGACUCUUAAAAGGAACACAGUCCUCCUUAGCAACGUGGACUGCUGUAACGUGAUUCAAGUUGCUCUGGACACCAUCCACAAGGCACAGCAACAACCUUCUCUCAGUCUACGCUACGGGAUGGAGAGCACUGAUCUCCUUCUCUGCAUUGGUAUCAAUGGUCAAGGAAUAAAAUCAAGACACCGCAGUUAUACUGAAACCAACUAUUGCUAUGCUCCCAAAACCAAGAAAUCUUAUUACAUUGUGUCACCGAGAUACGGUGAAACUUUGGGAUAUGUUUGCACUGGAGUUGUGACAGAGAAUAAUGACAUUAUUUUAACUGGUGAAGCUGGAGUGACAAAGCUAUCGAGGCAAAAGACGAAGGAUGUGGAGAUAGUGAGGUACCACGUCCGAGGAAAUCAAUACUGGGAAAAGCUCUGCUCUGCUCCUUUCCGAGAACUCUACAGCGUGGGAACAGUUCAGGGUAACCUGUACCUCAUCGGAGGCCAGAUGAAGCUGAAGAACCGGUAUAUGAUCACGAACUGUGUGGACAAGUACACCCUGGAAACGGGCCAGUGGAGGAGCGCCGCCCCCUUGCCUUUGCCUUUGGCGUGUCACGGCACGGUCACCGUGGGCAACCAGAUCUACGUGAUGGGAGGAUGGACGCCACAGAUGGACCUUCCUGAUGAAGAACCUGAUUGGCUCAGCAACAGAAUGUUUCGGUACGACCCAAGGAGGGACAAAUGGACAGAGUGCAGGCCCAUGCAGUUCUCCAAAUAUCGCUUCAGUACAGCUGUCCUCAAUUGGGAGAUCUAUGUCUUGGGUGGGAUAGGCUGCUACGGAGUGGAUCGUGGACAGGCUAGGAGAUGUUUGGAUGCAGUGGAAAUAUACAACCCGGACGGAGAUUUCUGGAGGCAGGGACCUCCGUUGCCAACACCAAUUCUGUCACUCCGCACCAACUCUACAAAUGCCGGGGUGGUGGAUGAGAAGCUGUACGUCUGUGGAGCAUUUCGUGGCGCAGAUCGACAUGAAGUCAUCGUCAAAGAUAUUUUGGAAUUGGAUCCUUGGGAAAAUCAGUGGAAUGUGGUGGCCCACAAGGUCCUCAUGCAUGACAGCUACGACGUCUGCCUUGUCGCCAGGCUCAACCCCAGAGAUCUCGUUCCACCACCUCCUGACAUGGUUGACCAAUGAGAGAUGGACUUCACACCAAUUGGCCUGUUCCUAAGCUUGGCCGGGGCUCAGCUGGGUAGCGCUUUAGCCUCAGGAGGUCUUAAAUUAGCAGGUUCUAUGUUCAAGUACCGCUCUAGAUAUUUGUAUACAAUAACCUAGGCUGAGACUUUGCAAUGAGAUGUUAAACCAAGGCCCCAACUCUCUCUCAGAUGGAUUCUCAGCAUUAAUCUGAAAGAGGGAGAUUUACCCUGUGUACUGGGCCAAUAAUUUUCCUCAAACAACAUUCGCCAUAACAGAUAAUCUGGUAAACGAUUCCACUAUUCCUGUGAGACCCUACUCACACAAAGUGCUAUCAGUUGAAUUAUGAGUGGUGCCAGCAU